GCCUGAAGACAGAGACUUGUCAGGUACCCAAGGACGGGUCAGGGAUGACAAGCAGCUUUGGGCGCCAAUGAUCCAGAAUGCCAUGCAAGCAGAAGCGUCUCUCAACAAUCGUACUCAAUCAGCUUUCACUAGUCAGACACCUGGCUUGGGUUGUGUCGCAGUCCAUAUGGAUGACUUCACAGAACCCCGCGUGACUGAUUUGCCAGGCGAACCCUUAUCCGUGAAGGCUACAGCUCUCGAAGAGGACGCUCCCCAGUCAAUGGAAACAGUUCUGCGGGAACCUGAAGACAUGGGCUUGUCUGACAUCCCUCUCCCAGUCAGCGGCCCAGAGGUCCAUGCUGCCUCGCUGACCAAGGGAUUCCCCACAAACCAUCCUCUACCCACUGCUCUCAAUCAGAUACCAGGCUUAGGAUGCGCGUCAGUUCAUACGAAUAACUUUAUCGGAUCCUCCAUGACUGGUGUGAGAACCGAACUCUUACCUGAACAGGCUCCAGCCGCGGAGCCUGCCACUCAUGCUGCAUCAUCAGAAUUCACUGAAGAGGAAGAGGUACCCGACCGUGUCCUCGAACUUUUCAUGGAAGAUCUGGAAGAGAUGGAAGCUAACGUCCUCGCGCAGGCAGAAACUGAAAGAAGACUACUGUGUCGGAAACACAAGGCGCUGGCCUCAAACCAUCAUUAUACCUGGGGAUCCCCGUCAUCCCCAGCCACGCCACGCCUAGAAAAACGGGGCAUCACUCGCAUGAAAGGACAACGGCCAUAUACAGAGAAGGAAUUCCAGGCUAUUAGGAAAUUGCGGAAAACGCUACCGCCCUGGAAGAAGCAUGCGGUUUGGAGCAGAAGUCUCUUGUGCGUAGAGACGAGAUUGGGUGGAGAAUGGGGCCCGUUUCGUUCGUUCCAUACUCGAAGGGGACCGACAGGCGGUGAUCCACGCCUCCCAUAUUGGAGACAUUGCAAUUACUGUGGUAACGGUUGUAAGGCUGUGUGAGGCAGGUACUGAUGGAAAGGACGGUCGUCGUUCGUUGAGAAGGACAUUUUU